GUCUAGGUUAGGUUUGCCCUUGAUUUGUGAUCAUACUGAUGAGAUUCUGGCGAUUCUGGUAUUAAAGGGAAAAGUGCGAAAUGAGUAUAUUAACGAGAAAAUUGGGAUUUCUGAAUUCUUCGAGGGUUGGGUUAAAUGCAAUUAGUUCCAACGCAGCUCUUGUCGACAACUGUACAGAAGUAUCUAAUAGGAAUCCCAGGAAUUUGGAAAUGCUAAGAAUCGCUAGGAAACCCACUGGAUAUCAUCUGGAGCGAGUAACACGACAAUUUUGGCAUCAACUGGUCAUCACACGAGGAGUUAGACACCUCGAAGUUCAUGUAGAGCAUAUAGAAAAUGGUCCUGUUAUCACAGCAUCCACUAAAGAAUGGUCCUUGAAGAAAUGUCUCUAUUCAUAUAACGACAGUUCUGCGUACAUGAAUAUGGGUCGAGUUCUCGCAGAGAGAUGUUUAGAGAGUGGAAUUUUCGCAGUGCACGUCAGUCCCCACCUGCCAAAAGGUGGAAAAGUCGAUUUACUACUGUCAAAAUUGAAAGAGGGUGGUGUUGACCUCGUUGAGCCCAAAGUGUACAAAAAAUCGCAACCCUGGGACCUUGACAGACCGGAAAAACCCUGGGAUGUUAUGGAGCCAUGAAUUUAUGGAAUGAGAUGUUAUGGAGCGAUGGGGUAAUAAAAGUCAUUGGAUUAAUCAUUUACAA